AUGUCCAUACCAGAGCUCUUCUCUAUCAUCAUGCACUUUGCCCUGGAUGUUUAUCCUCCGAACGAUCGGCGUUUCACCAUGGCCCAACUGAUGCGGUGGCGAAGAAACAGCCACUCUGCUACUGAGGACGAGGCCGCAUCCGAGGCGUCGGUUAUCGCAGAAAGACUCGGGGCGACGGUGGUGGCAUCACACGUCUGCGCUGCCUGGCGUAUCGCAUGCCUCACCACGCCGACGCUCUGGGCACGUCAGGUCGGCAUGAUUCCGCCUGCAGCAAAUGUAUUCCUCGCGCGCUCAAAGUCUGCGCUGCUCGACGUUUAUCGGACCGCAAAUGCAGUCGGUAUCAUUCGCCUCUCGCAAAUACGGACCCUGAAGGGUAGUGUGUCUUGUCUUCCGACAUUGCUCUCCGGUUGCUUCACCAACCUCGUCUCACUGUCUAUCCAACACAUUGAUUCACGCGCUCGGGAGCGGCUGAAUGACAUCGGCACUAUAGAUGCACCGCGCUUGGUGCAUAUGGAGUUCGACAACGUGUGCUUGGACAGACCAUUCGUUCUUCUCAACGCGCCCACAUUAAAGAGUCUCUCCCUCGAAGACUGCGACGUCGAUCCAGGAUACCUCUUGAGCAUCUUGCGAACCACACCGAUGCUCGAAACGCUGUCGAUACGCGAAGGUGUAGUGCGUGGUGAACCUGAACAAGUUGGAGCGGUUCCUUCGCAGAUCAUGGAGCUUCCUCGCCUCAAAACCAUCUCGAUUGACGACGAGACGGGCGAUUCCACAGGACGCUUGACCCAAAUUCUGGACCAUAUCCUGGUGGAACCGGAGACAUUCGAUGCCUCUGUGAACGGGUCGUGGACGGAGCCUAUGUUUUCUAGCUGCCUACGCGCGGCAUUGACUCGAGGUACAACCUAUCUGCUGAUCGUCGCCAAUGAGAGGAUGCAGUUCUACCACCACUCGCACGCGAACGACGUACCACUGUCUUGUCCAUGGCUCAAUCCAUAUGACACGUGUGCAGCGAUCGAUUGUCUGACAUGGACCAUUAUUCCGCACCUGUGUCAAUACCCACGAACCCCAGCGGAGUUGAGCCAAAUCCCGACGCUUCUACUGCAUGUUGGCAAUGAUUGGACCGAGCGCGAUGAUACGACUGUGCGUUCGCUCAUGCAGAACUUCUCCAACGUCGAGACCUGUUGGCUGGGGAACGACGAGCUCAUAUGGAACCAGGGCACCUAUCCAUUGGACGUGACGGGGUACGACGGCUAUGUAUACGCUCUUGCUCCUGGCCGUAUCGAGUCCGACAGCGCGGAUACAUACCAUCUACCGUUCCCUCGUCUUCGUGUCCUCGGCAUCGGUGUGGACGAAGAAGAGCCCACUCGGUUGCUUGACAUAAUCAUCGGAGUCCUCACAGCUCGUGCGGACAAGGGAAUGCCCGCUCUGGAGGUUCUUUCCCUGCCUCUCAUGCCUCCACAAGAUAGUGCCGCCGUUGCGCAACUGCUUUCGCUGGUGCCCAAGAUCCAGUGGAAGUAG